CUAUUCAAAUAUUUAAGGACUGACUUUGUUAAGAAGCAAAAAGAAUGCAUUUCCUCAAAAGAAUAUGAGUGGAUAUCAUACGGUAAUCAUGUACUAAUCUCCUGCCUGCCUCCACUGUUUCCUCACUGUUUAGCCAUUUGGGUCAUAGCCAUCUUCUGUGUGGCCUCCUCAGUCGGCCUCCACAGCUGUCUGUGGCCUUUUGUCAGGAGACUUCCUUUCUGCAAGUGCAGGGUCCCAGAGAACAACUUGCCAUACUUGCACAAACGGCCGCAGAUCCGCAUGUUGCUGCUGUCAGCCCUCUGCAUCGGUGUCAGCAUCACCUGGAUGGUGUUUCGCAAUGAAGACCAGUGGGCGUGGGUGUUACAGGACGCCCUGGGGAUCGCCUUCUGUCUCUACAUGCUCAAAACAGUCCGACUCCCCACAUUUAAGGCUUGCACCUUACUGCUGUCUGUUCUUUUUGUCUAUGAUGUUUUCUUUGUAUUUAUUACACCAUUCUUUACAAAGAGUCGGCAAAGUAUAAUGGUGGAGGUAGCGGCUGGUCCCUCUGAUUCCUCCACACAUGAGAAGCUUCCCAUGGUGCUCAAAGUGCCGCGGUUAAACUCCUCUCCCUUGGCUCUUUGUGACCGGCCCUUCUCCCUCCUGGGUUUUGGAGAUAUCUUAGUACCAGGUCUGCUGGUGGCGUACUGUCACAGGUUUGACAUUUUAACACAAUCCUCCAGGAUCUACUUUGUGGCCUGUACAAUUGCUUAUGGCAUCGGCCUGCUGAUCACCUUUGUGGCGCUGGCCUUGAUGCAGAUGGGUCAGCCAGCCUUGCUCUACCUGGUGCCUUGCACUCUGCUCACCAGCCUCACUGUAGCACUUUGGCGAAAGGAGUUGCCCCAGUUCUGGACUGGAAGUGGAUUUGUGCCUGCCAUAGUGCUCACACCGAUCAACUGUACACAAACCGCAGCACCGCAGAUUGAGGGGCCCUUGACUAAACCGGAGUCACAAACCACCGAAGCCCCCAAUCAGAGCGGAGACUCACCACGGCAACCGCUACAGGAAACACCCCCAGCUGAGAAAGAUGAAGGGGAAAACAAAUCUGACUGAAAGGACGUCUAAUACAGCAAUUAACAAUUCACUUUUAUUUGUUGUUGAGUUUUUUUUUUUUUAUUCCUACAUUGUGUCUCGGUCAAUGGACACAAAGUACGGAAGUUAAUUUGCAUUUGGUGCGAAGAUUGGUGUUUUCUGAAUGGCCAGCUCAGCCGGAAACCAGGACACAUGAGGUCGAAGCAUUUAAACUAACACACCAAGUAUAAAACCUGUACAGCUGCCCCAAAAUACAGUCUGUACGACCUCUAAAGGGAAUGAAAAUACAAAUCUGGAAGCUGUAUACAAGUUGUUCAACACUAAAAAACAAAAACACACGGAGCUGAAGCUCUUAAAGGCCCAGUCACACCAGUGUUUAAUUUGCGGCAAAAUCAAUUAAUUUUAAUGGAAUCAGUGAGCCGUUCACAGGGGAGCUGUAUAUGUAUGAUAUUUCUUUCUAAUCUGUAGCAUUUCUUAAAAUCAAAAAUGGCCAGAGAUUUGUAGGUUCCAGGAGGAUUUGAAGCUGUCAUAUGUGAAAACAAACUCAGUAUAUUUUGGGCUCUAAGAAACUGUAACGCUUUAUCAAAUGGCACAAUGUACAAUCCUGAGUACGAAAUGCCAGGAGGGAGUUAACGGCCCAUUACUUGAAUGCAAUCGAAGUCGGAGUAAAAAGCCUGCAAAUCAGAGAGGACUGAGAUGCAGUGAAGCACACAAAUGGAGAAAACGCUUCUGGACAAGCUCUCCUUAAAGGCAUCCGAAGCAGGCGUGACAAUGAAAAGAAUUUGUCUAACUAGUCCAGUGUCGCGAAGGUGCAGGAGAAGGCAGGUUUCAGACACUUCAUUUGAAGCAUACGAAGGAGACCCUUAUUCCCAAAAGCAAAACACUACAUAAGAAGCAGUCUUUAUUUCCCCCUACAUUAGAUUAUAAACUACCAGUCAGAAUAUAAAGUGCAGCAGUGAAGAGUUUCACACCCUUUAUAAUGUGGCGCCAUCGUGGUUGUUGACUGAGCCAAAACUAAUUUGAUUUUUCUAAUUAAUGAUUUUUUUUAAUUUGAGCUUUUUUACUGAGGCAUUUGUUUUCUCAUUUUACUUUUUAGUAUUUUUUUUUGUAUGCUAUUAUUUAGAUUUUACCCUUUACAUAUGAAAAAAUAAAUUAAACCAGUGUAUAGUCUAUGUAGUGCAGACUUGACAUACAUUAUUGGUGGUGCGACCGUUAAAACGUUGGCUGCCACAGAUGUGUUCCCCCAGUAGUUCCUCAUAUUGUCUUAAGAAUUGGUUAUGGCCUUAAAUGUGUCAGUGUUGGGAGGUUACAGCCGAAUGUGUCACGUGUAAAAGUUGCUUUAUGAAAAACAAGAGUACUGUACUCUAAAUGAUGUGCUGCAGUUUAAUGUGUGAGCUGAGGAUUCAGUGACUGGUUAUGUUAUCAAUAUUCAUAGAUUAGUUUGUAUGAAGCAUUUGCACAAUAUUUUUGAAUUUGUGGGCUGACAGGAGUCGUUGGUUUCUUUUUGUAUAUGUUUAUGUAUACUCUUAAGAGUUUAAAAGAAACGGCCACUAAGGUGUCCAUAUAUCCAAUAUUCAUUCUGCUUUUGUUUUGCAAGUCCAUUUCUGACCCGAGGCUGUCAUCUUAAAACAUCAGUGCCCAGCAGUCACAUCACCCUGUUCACCAGUAAACAUAAAUUUCUGAUUCUCAUUCAUUUAUGAUGCCUAUUAAGAACAAGUUCAGAGUUUGUGUAGAAAUGGAGUUCAAAAGGUAAAAAAAAUAAAAUAAAUUUGGUUCCAGGACCCGAAAUUAUUCAUUCACCAUUAUAGUUUGUUGUCACCAAGUGGUUUUUAAUACCUCUGUUGGGGAAUACAUGUAAUAAAGAAACCUUGUAUCUGA